AGAAAGAGCGGUAAGAAGAGAGACGGACCAUUUUCAGAAGCUUUAAGGUCGCCAACAGAGAAGAUUUGGUCCGACCAAACCUUGUAUUGUGUUCUGUGCAAUGGCGCCGAGGAAGAGUAAGGCAGAUGGAGAAGAGAAGAAGAAACCUGUGACGACGGCUUCGUCGAGAGUGACUCGGAGCAUGGAUCGCCAAACUCGAAGUGCGACUCAGCAAAACGGUGCUAAACCGGCUGGAUCCGUCGCAAAGCAGGUGAAGCUUGCGUCGCCGAAGAAGACGAAGAGGAAGAAGGCAGCGAUUGAGACUGUGAGUGCGAAGAAGGCAAAGAAGGAAGAGGAAACCGCUGAGGGAGUUGAGAAGGAAGAGGAAGAGGAAGAGGCGGAGGUUGAAGAUCCUACGAAGCGGAAGAUUGUUAUAGAGCACUGUAAACAAUGCAAUGCUUUUAAGACAAGGGCGAUUCAGGUGAAGGAAGGUCUGGAGGGAGCUGUUCCUGGUGUCACCGUGACUCUGAAUCCUGAAAAGCCAAGGCGGGGUUGCUUUGAAAUCCGGGAGGAAGGUGGCGAGACAUUCAUCAGUCUUUUGGAGAUGAAACGUCCAUUUGCUCCAAUGAAGGCACUUGAUAUGGAAGAAGUCAUCGAGGACAUCAUAAAGAAAUUUAAAUGAGAGACAGCUACAGACUGCAAAUAGGCCCUUCUUGUGCCGAAUCUGUUCUUUGUUUCUGCUUCGAACUCAGUUUAAUCAAGUAGGUUUAGUAGAAGACUUUCUAGAGCAAUGUCAGAUUUGUUAGGUUCACUACUUUUAUUGUUUUGGUAUGAGCACUGUAAGUGCAGUCUCGUCCUUUUGCAAUGCAUGAUUGGCUUGGUUGAAUCUGUGUAUUUUGUGGGAUUGCCUCGUUUGUAAGGCUAGUUUGAUUCAUCUCGUUGCUUGAAUCAAACCGACGCAGAAGCGUUUAUUUGUUGUU